AUGCAAUUAAAAAAAGAUAAAUCCACAAUAAUCUGGAGACAAUUCGAUACCCCUGAACCUGAAAACUAUUGGUAUAGAGUUUGUGAAAGCAAAGCUUCAAAUUACAUUCAAAGACCAUGGCAUUCAUUGUACAAAUCAAAAAGAUUAAUGAACAUAGUAUCUGAAAUAAGUGGACAAAUGGAUUGGGAUUUUGAUGCUGUUCAUGUUGUUAGAGGUGAAAAGGCGAAAAAUAAAAACAUGUGGCCUCAUUUAGAUGAUGACACGUCACCUGAUAAUUUAGUUGUAAAGCUUCUAAAUGUUAUACAACCAUGGAGGAAUCUUUAUGUUGCUACAAAUGAAAAGUUUUAUAAUUAUUUUGAUAGAUUAAGGUCUCAUUAUAAAGUUCAUUUGCUUGAUGAUUAUAAGGAGUUAUGGGGGAAUACAAGUGAGUGGUAUAAUGAGACACGUGUCUUAAAUGGUGGAAAUCCUGUUGAAUUGCAAAGAUGGGAUAAACACGUGUUGACCAGGGGGUAGAAUUGGAAGAUUGUGAUGAAAAUGAAAGAGGGAGGAACUUUGGAAAAGCUUAUAAAGUAAUUUGUAAAUUUGUUUUUGUUUGUUUAAUUGUAUUUGAUAGAGAUUUUAUGCAAAAAUGAUAUGGAAAUGAGUAGUUUUUGUGGUUAAAAUUGAUUUGGGUAAAAAAUGUAUGAUUAUUUUUUAUAUAUAUUCCUUGUAGAAUAUUUGUUGUGGAAUUCAAGACAAAUACUUUCUAAACUCAUAUUUGGUUGUGAAG